AUGCUUAUAAAGAUAACCGAUCAAGGAGAAGUAAGAGGGCUAGGUUACCUUAUUCUAGCGACGACUCGGGUACUCCCUCCCGUGAGCAAGCUCAAUCAAAGCAAAAAAAAAGGCAGUCGAGGUGAACAAGGAGGCCGUUCUGGAACAAGUGCUCGAGGUGGACGUGGUCGAAGUGAAAAAGGAGGCUGUGCUGGAACAAGUGCUCGAGGUGGAGGUGGUGGAGGUAAAAAGACUCCAACUCAAGCUGGACAAGGAAAAGGAGGUAGAAAGGCUAAAGUUGUAGAACAAGUUGUUGAAAAGGACAAAGCGGACGAUUUGGAUGAGUUUUUGCAAGAUUCUUCGCAGGAGGAAUCAAGUGCAUCAAGUGAAUGA